GUAUCUUGUGUGCAUAAUUAUAUUUUUAUUUCACUUUUUUACUAAAUAUUUACACCAAUCCUUUUUGGAUUACAGCGGAGCACCCUUCUUUAUGGAUCCAUCUCACAUCAAUAACACAACCACCUAUAACUAAUUUUAGGCAAGUUUUCUUCUAGGGUAGGCACCUACGACUCUUAACACUGCCACCUAUAAGUAAUUUUAGACAAAUUUCUUUUGAAGUGGAUACCUGAAUCCCAAGUAGAACCCGAAAUUUUUUUUAAAGAAUUGGGCUGGAAUGGAGACGACUUUAUGAUUGGGUUGGAUUGAGCCUAGUUUUUUUACAAUGGAAUUUAUAUGAGACGGAGCCCAACCCAGUGGAAUGACAUUUUGAUUUUGCACGUGAUCCUUUUGUUUAGUGGAAAAAGAGAAAUUCUUAUUUGGAGAAGAAAGCAGGAAAGGAGAAGAGGGCAGAGAUGAUAUACAGAAAAUGGAGUCUGCUGACGGGUCCGGUCGCCAUCCUCGGAGGGAUCACGGCAGCUGUCGUCGUCGCUAACUUCCUCUUCGUUGAGAAUGAUCGAUUCCUUAAACCACAGGAGAAGAAACCAGAUACAGCAACAUCAACCAAGUAGAAGAAAGUUGACGGUUGCAUUAACUUUUGUGGGCUCUUUCUUUAUCAAGUAUGUUAUGUUGUGCAAAAACUUGUUUGCAUAAGUAGCAGUUUGAGCAUUGAAUUUGUGUUGUUGAAUAAUGUUGAAUGAUUAACGGGUCUAGGAUGUUUGCUACACCUUUUUACAGUGUCCUUGACAUUGAAUAAGAAAAGAGCUUAAGUUGCAUGAAUUCUUUCUUUGUUUCUGACUUUUUGUUAGGUUUGAGUUUCUAUUAAAUUGCAAUGAAUUCU